AUGUCGUUCCAGACGCCACCCCCCGCGACAACCAUCUUCGAGGUGUCCUUCCCCAGCCCAGGGGUUCUUCUCGCAACGAUCAAUCGUGAAAAGCGCAUGAACUCAAUUCCGUUGAGAGGUCACCACGAAGGAACCGCUCUCUGGGACUGGAUGGACAAUGAGCCAUCCAUGCGAGUUGGAAUCAUUACUGGCAAAGGUCCCAAGGCCUUUUGUGCUGGCGCCGACCUCAUAGAGCAGCGUGAUAUCAGUCGAGGUGACGAAGCUAGACCUGAAAAGGGCGCCGAAGGCGGCUUUGCAGGAUUGAGUCAACGACGAGGAAAGAAACCAGUUAUUGCUGCGGUGAAUGGCCUGGCUCUGGGCGGUGGAUUUGAAAUUUGUCUGAAUUGUGACUUGAUCGUUGCCUCUCCCAAGGCUGAAUUCGGUCUGCCCGAAGUUCUCCGCGGGUUGUACGCUGGUGCUGGAGGACUAUCGCGUAUUGUCCGCGAUUGCGGAAUGCGGGUUGGCAGUGAGCUGGCAUUGACUGGACGCCGGGUACCUGCAGAAGAGGCACUGAAGUUGAGAUUGAUCAACCGCAUUGCGAAAUCUCCUGAGUCAGUCCUGGAUGAAGCACUAGAACUGGCCAAGGAUAUCGCUAGCAAGUCUCCCGAUGCGAUCAUUGUCUCUAGGUCGGGUCUCCGUGAAUCAUGGGAAACCGCAAGUACGAUAGAAGCCGACAAGAUUACAGCAGAAAAAUAUGGUAGGGGGUUGCUGACUUCGGAGAACCUGAGAAUCGGGUUGGAGGCCUUUGCAGCCAAGAAGCAGCCCCAGUGGGUGGCUUCUAAGUUGUAG